AUGUCACAUCUUACUUCUAAUAACUCCCAAAAUGGCUCUAGGGCUUACCUUCACCAUGACUUAAGCAUCUUCUCCACCGAGAAAAUUGACACCUUCACAUCUGAAUCCCAUCAUACAGUACUUCAUCACCUACCCAUCGCAUGCCACCACUGCAUCGCUACAAUCGGUCAAGGUCACAAUUCCUACAUCUCCUCUAUGGUCAUUGGGGGACAGUUUCUAUACACAGGUUCUUCAGACAAAGAAAUUCAACUAUGGAAUCGCAACGGGUUAAGCUCUCAUAUGGAUCAAGAAUAUCUAGCUGAUAACAUGGUAAUCAAGGGAAAUGGUGCAGUAAAGUCGAUGGUGAUUUCAGGUGAUAAAUUAUUCAGUGCCCAUCAAGAUCAUAAAAUCCGUGUGUGGAAAAUCAGUGGUCAUGAAACACAACAGUAUAAGCUGACACACUUGGCUACACUCCCUACACUUGGCGAUCGAGCCCUUAAACUUCUAACACCAAAGAACCAUGUACAGGUGAGACGCCACAAGAAAUCCACGUGGGUACAUCAUCUUGAUACCGUAUCAGCACUAGCCUUAUCCAAUGAUGGAUUGCUUUUAUACUCGGUCUCAUGGGAUAGAACACUAAAGAUUUGGCGGACAUCUGAUUUCAAAUGUUUAGAGUCGGUAGCUAAUGCACAUGAUGAUGCAAUUAAUGCACUAGCAUUGUCUAGCAAUGGAGAUGUGUAUACUGGAUCAGCUGACAAGAAAAUCAAGGUUUGGAGGAAGGCAUCAGAAGGCGAGAAUCAUACACUGGUUGCUAUAUUGGAGAAACAUAAAUCUGGGGUAAAUGCCCUAGCACUAAACAUUGAUGAGAAUAUGCUAUACUCUGGUUCCAGUGAUCGAUCUAUAAUGGUUUGGGAGAAGAAUAUUGAUGAUGGAAACACAGUGGCCGUGGCUGCUUUAAGGGGGCACACGAAGUCUAUCUUGUGCUUGACUGUUAUAUCGGAUUUGGUGUGUAGUGGCUCAGCAGAUGAAAGCAUAAGAAUUUGGAGAGGUAUUGGCAGAUUCUACAUUUGCUUAGCGGUAUUGGAGGGACACAGAGGCCCUGUGAAGUGCUUGACAAUGGAAAGGAAUCAGGAAUAUGAUGAUGAUCCAUCUGAUCAUACAUCUUCUUAUUUCAUCUACAGUGGUGGUCUGGAUCGUGACAUCAAAGUGUGGCGGAUUUCCAUCCCUUCAACCUAG